CCCGCGCACAAUAAUUGAGAGCUGGGCCCAUGGGCCGCGAGCGCAACAGAGACGCCAAUAAAAGCACGCGCGAGACGCGCGCACACGACGCAGCGCGGCGCGACACAUCACUACGAACGCACAGAAGCGGUAGCCGCCACACCGAGCGGCCCCGCGCCCGCAAAAAAGCCAAGGGCAGCCCCCCCAGCCAGGGGAAGGCAAAAACCAUCAUAGAGGCCUCGUGCCGUGGGCCGGGGAUUCUCUUGCUUGACAUCAUCAAAGAACCAUGGCCGAAGCACCAGCGCCCGCACCGAAGCCCGCACCAGCCCCUCCGUCAAACGCGCCGCGCGGCAUGGCCUCGGGUUCGUUUGAUGAGCUCAUCCACCCCUUCAUGAUGGAUAGUGUCGAGAACUUCCAGUUUAACGAGGACGGCCCGCCGCAGAUGAACGUGCCCGGGUUUAGCUUCGACGGGAUUGGGAGUGCCGGUCUAGAUUCCGACGGGCUGUUCCAGGCUUCCUUGGGGACGUGGAAGGAGGGCGGGAGCAAGUCGCUCGAGGACGUGCUGGCUACCGUACGGAAACGGACGCGACCCGUCGGCGCCGAGGCCGAGCGGAGACGGACGCGAGGCCAGACGGCCGAAGCCAGGAAAGGUCGUCGACGCAAAAAGACGCCCGACAUCGAUGAAGAGGACUUACGAGCCGCGGAGGCUCUAUCGCGACGACGGGAAGGCAUGCAGUCCGCGCAGCGGCGCAAGAAGAUGUACGUCGACUUCCUCAAGCAGCACCACGGCGACUCCACAAAUGAAGAAGAUUUGCCGCCGAAGAAGAAGGCUUCCACCAAGAGGAAAGUCGAGUUGGACACGACUGAUGUCCAUGAGGCUUCGCUGAGACGAGCUCUCAUUCUGAACUUCCUCAAGUACCGCUCCGCGACGGAGGUGAACGAGGAGAAGUGGCGCGAUCUCGUCGCGGACGACUUCCAACUACUGUUGCCGCGGGAACCCUAUAGAGUGGCGUUCGGUACUGCGGUGACGCCCAACACGCAGCGUAUUACCGGAUUGGAGCAGUUGCUCGACGACACGAAGUCGAUAGGCGCCCUGGCGGAGAUGAUCCGAGCAAGAUGCUGGCGGCUGAAGCAAUUGGACGCGAAGGCGCGACAAGUAAGGGUCCAGAAGGCGCAAGACGAAGCGUCAAAGGCUCUCGAAGGUUCGGACGACACGGCGAAGGCGCGAGCCGUCGUGCACGCCGCGAAGGAGCAGCUCGCGUGCGUGUCUGAGGAUUUGAAUGCGAAUGCGUUCUCGUCCAUAAAAGUCGUCUACGCGUGCAAUGCGCGCGAGAUCUUGGUCGCCGGACCGUUAUUGAUGUGCGCGUGGCGCUUCGAGACGUCGGGACUCAGAAGGGUGGGCUUCCCGUCCGAAGUCUCGGUCAGUGGCAUGUUGAAAGCGAGGUUUCGCGAAGACGAAGGUUCUACCAAAUUACAUAGGAUCGAACUGGCCUUCGACUGCAUGGCCGUGAUGCAGCAGUUGAACGCCCACGGGUUGCUCGACGUCGCUGCUAUUGCCCAGGCCGCCGCCACCGCCAGAAAACGGGAAGCGGAGGACGCGAAGCACAAGCCGCCUCCCCGAAAGCGCACCAAAGCGCGCAAGAAGGCCGGCGAGGCGCCCGGCGCUUUGGAUGCGCAGGCCGCGCUCCAGGCGAAGCAGCGCCAGCAGCAGUUAUUGGCGCAGUGCAUGCCGUAUGUCGCGAACUACUCCUACAAGCUCGCCUUAUUGCGUCACCGCCAGAAUCAUGAAAACAACGGCGCGGACCUCACGCCCGAGCAGCGGUCGCAGCUGCUGGCCGCGGCGGCGGCGGCACGGCCGGCGGCCGCGCCGGCGCCGUCAUUAACUCCGCAGCAGCUCCUUUUAUUGCAACAGCAGCAGCUCUUCGGGCGGCAGCCGGGCUACUCGUCGCCCUACGCGCCGCCGGCGCCCGCGCCGCUUUUACCUGUCGGCGCGCCGCCGCCCGUGAACCCGGCGGCGGCGCAGAUGAUGGCGGCCUAUUUUGCGCAGGUCGCGGCCCAGGCCCAGGCUCGCGGGCCGCCGGCGCCCGCGGGCGCCGCGCCGGUCGAGGCCGAGCCGGCGCCGGCGCCCGCCGCCUCUUAG